CUCAUAUAUUGAAACAGCUUCACUCUCCACUACUUGCACUCCUAUAGUCCUUACACCGUUGAAGAGUCAGGAACUCUAAUUCCUAAAGAUCGAGGAUAGUCUACAUGCUUGAAAAGAAAACCAAGUUAUAAUAAGAAACAAAUUAAAUUAAUCAGCCUGGAAUCCAAACAACUCCAUUUAAUGGCCUUGACAGUUGAAAGUAACAGUAACACCAUUAAUCUUCUUCGUCAGGGGACACUUCCAUUUAGGAUAUCCAUUGUUUGGAGUGUCACUUAUAGCUGAGUGUAGUCUUGUGCAAUUAUGUGUGUGAAAAUACAUGCAUCAGGCACCAAAUGCUUGAAAAAUUACCAGAAUGUACGUUUUCUGCUUUUAGUAUUCAGUGCCACUGCAAUGGCUUCAUGUAUUUAAGCUUUAUUUGGGGAUUUUGAAUUAAGCAUCUCCAGAUCAUGUACCAGUAACCCUGAUCUGUGGAGAAAAGCUUGCUAUGGGCACAUUUAUUGGGCACGUAGUACCUGGCUUUGCCCUCACCCUACUUGGUUUAUGGCACACCGUCAACACUAUCAGAUCUAAUUUUCUCAAAGGCCCUAGUAACUUUAGAGUAAGGUUUUGGUACCCAUUGAACUGCCCUUUUCCCAAAAUUAAACACCUUGAACUCAUUUUCAUCUUAUCUUUCUCUGUAUUUGCAAUUAUCAUGCAAGUUCGAGAAUUCCCGUUUUUUAACUUCUCCUUCAAGCUCCAUAAUUUGGAGCAUGCAACCAUGUUCCUUCACCUUGCCAUAUUUGCAGGGUUUACACUUUCAGCUGAGUUUAUUAAUUCGUUUCAAAUCAUAUUUGGGGUCGUUGGAUUGCUUACGGCCUCUGUUUUCUGCCAAGAGCUUUUCCUUCUGCAUUUCCUCUCCACUGACCAUGUUGGUCUUGAAGAGCAUUACCAUUGGUUAUUGCAGCUCAUAGUGUUUGCUAUGCGGCAAGGUUGGUGCUUUACUAUUUGCUUUGUGAAUGAUCCAAUUUGCUCCAUCAUUCUUGUUGAAACAAAAAAAGAAAGGUAG